CGUCGAUGCUCUCGCCGACGGCGCGCUGCCACACCUUCUCCGCCGCCGCCGACGGCUACGUGCGCGCCGAGGGCGGCGUCGUCUUCCUGCUGCGCUCAACCUCGGCACCGGCACCGGCGCUCAUCCCGCGCGCCACCGUCAUCGGCAGCGCGGUCAACCAAAACAGCCGGCGCAAGCCCAUCACCGCCGUCGACCCGCUGGCGCAGGAGCGCGUGAUCCGCGCCGCGUGCGAGGACGCCGGCGUGCUGCCGCGCGACCUCGCCGCCGUGGAGAUGCACGGCACCGGCACCAAGCUCGGCGACCCGGUCGAGAUCUCGGCGCUUGCCGCGGUGACGGCGGGCCCGGGCGCGCCGUGCACGCUCACCGCCGCAAAGAUGCACUUUGGCCACCUCGAGUCGGCGGCGGGAGCGGUCGGCAUGCUCAAGGCCGUCCUAAUGCUCGAGCACGGCCAGAUCCCGCCCUUCGCCGUCGACAGCCCCGGCGUCAACCCGGCGGUGCAAAAGGCGAUGCUCGGCUCGCGGCUCCGCAUCCCCGGGCCGGGCGGAGAGACCCUCGCGCCGGGCUCGCUCGUCGGCGUGAGCUCGUUUGGCUUCGCCGGCAGCAACGCCCACAUCGUCGUGCGCGGCGGUCGGGAGCGAUACGGCCCGCCCUG